AUGGCAUACUAUGAGGACCGACGGUACCCUGCCCCGCGCGACCGUGCCCGCCCCGUGAGCUACGCUGCAGACUAUUAUGACAGCCCUCGCUAUGAAAGACACGAUCGACAAGUUUACCCUGACGAGUCGGUCGAGGAAAUCCAGCGCGAUUAUCCUCCCGGUGAGGGCUAUGUCUAUGAGCGUGGCUACGACUCGCGGCGAUCGAGGCGCCCGGUUUAUGAAAAUGUGCGCCGUGCUUCAUCCGUUAGUGGCCAUGAUCCGUAUUACGAUGGGUAUUAUCGCUCGCGAGCGCGACCCUCUCGUCAAUAUGACGAUCGUCGACCGCGCCGCUCCAGAUACUCUUCUCUAUCGCCCAGUCCAUCGCCACCUCGCCAUAGACGCCGCAAGUCAUUCAGUGAGCAAGCAAUGAGCGCUAUUGGUCUGGGCUCUGCUGCAUCCCGUGACCGUGACCGUGGCCGUGACCGUGAUGGUCGUGGCCGCGCAUCAUCUCGUUAUCGCGGCUACUCUUCAGACUCUCGGUCGCGCAGCCGCAGUCGUGACCGCGAUCGUAAACGCCGUGAACGCAGUGAAGGCCGCAUCUCUCAAGCUGCUCGUGCCGCUCUCACAGCCGGUGCCGUCGAAGCCUUCCGGUCUCGUAAGGACCCUGGUGAAUGGACCGGCGAAAAGGGCAAGCGCGUGUUGACUGCUGCAGUCACAGCCGCUGGAACUGAUGGCCUCGUUGAUCGCGAUCCCAAAAAGCACAGCAAGCGUCACAUGGUCGAGUCGACUCUGGCUGGUCUUGCCGCUACCCAUUUCAUGAAUGGAGGCCGAUCCCAGUCUCGGGGCCGCAAUUCCCGUGACCGAAAGUCCAGUGGUGGCCUCAAAGACUUGGCAGCCUCUGGAGCGAUAGCAGCAGCCGGCAAAGAAAUCUAUGAUCGUUUCUCUCGCUCCCGAUCUCGUCCUCGCGAGCGAGGUAGAUCUUCAGAUAGCGAUGAUGACCGGCGCGGCUCAAAGAAGCGCAGCAAGAGUGUCUCAGAAUACAUCAGCAAGGGCAUGGCGGCCUUGGGUCUGGGCGAAGAAGGAAGCAAACGUUCAGAUGAUGGACGUGAGCGAGGCGAGCGGCGUCGACACCGCGAUUCGCGUCGCGAUCGUUCCAACUCAUAUUCCGAUUCCGACGCAGAUAGCGACUAUUACCGCAGCAGCAGGGAUCCGAGACGGGGCAGAGGCUCGAGAGAUGUAGGUCGAUACCGUUCCGUGGAUGGAAGAAAUUCCCAACCCCCUUACCCCUAUAACAACAGGCGAUCGGUACCCACUAGCGCGCCGCGCGGAGAGACCGCAGGCGAAGGCGCACUCACUAGAGCGGGCAACCAUAGCCAUUCCAGUUCGGAGAGUGAUUCUGACUUAGGCGACAGUGAUGAUGAGAAGAAGAAGCACAAGAAGAUGCGGCGAGAUAUGAUGCUGACCGGUGGCCUGGCCACUGUGGCGACUGUUCAUGCGGCACAUAGUCUUUAUGGGAGUGUUCAGAAGCGAAAGAAGCGUCUACAAGAACUUGAGGAGGGAAAGAUUACACCCGAGGAGGCGCGCAAACUCAGGAUGAAGGCCAAUACCUUGGACGCGGUUAGCGUGGGCUUAGCGGCACUGGGUAUCAAGGGGGCAUAUGCGGAGUGGGAGGAGGUUAACGAGAAGCGCAAGGAACACAAGCAUUUUCAAGAAGAAUGUGAGGAGCGGGCAAAGAAGAGACUCAUAAAACGCUCGCGCAGUCAGACUACCCCGAAGCGCCAUCGGUGGCCCGAUGAAAUCGAGUACCCGCCUUCGAGAAAUGGGUCUCUUGCCCAUAACAAUGCUUCAAGUGAGCUUGCACAGCUUUCCUACUAG